AUCAAUUUCUCCAAUUGUAAGUAGUUUGACUUUUAGUAUCGUUAUGAGUAAACAGAAUGCAACUAUUAACUUCAACUCAAAAUUAGAAAAACGCUACCACUACUACUAUUUACGAGGAUUCAAUAUAGCAUUAAUCACUUAUUUAUUACCAUAAUUAUAAGUUCGUCUUUUUCCUCUCUCAGUAUAGCUUAAAUUACCUCGAUUCCAUUCCUCAAAAAACCAUAAAAUAAUCGAUUUCGAAUUUUCACUGAAAAUAAUCUAAUCCAUGGAAGAGGUUGAAGUGAUUCACUCAUGGUCUGCUCCAAGAUCUCUCAGUACAAGUCUCAUGUACUCUUUCUCUCAGAGAGAUGACAUUGAAGUUCUUGAUGAGCCUUUGUACUCUCAUUUCCUUCGAGUUAGUGGUUUUGAUCGACCUUACAGAGAUGAAUUACUCUCCAAUAUGGAAUCUGAUGGAAAUAAGGUUGUGAAUGACUUCAUUUAUGGUCCGGGGAAAAAUAAGUAUAGAUUUUGUAAGCAUAUAUCAAAACAAAGAGUGCUUGGUUUGCCUGAGGAUCUACUGAAGAAAGGAAAGCACUUCAUUCUCAUAAGAAAUCCUCUUGACAUAUUGCCAUCCUUUGACAAGGUUGUCCCCCCAUCGUUCUUUGAAUUGGGUUUGGCGGAGCUUGUUUCAAUAUAUAAUGAACUCUCCGAGUUGGGAAAACCACCGCCUGUGAUUGAUGCUGCAGAACUUCAAAAAGAUCCUGAGACUACUUUACGCGGUCUCUGUGAUGAUUUGGAGAUUCCUUUUCAACCUGCAAUGCUCAGUUGGGAAGCAGGUCCAAAACCAAUAGAUGGCUUGUGGGCCCCUUGGUGGUAUAAAAAUGUGCAUAAAUCUACUUGUUUUACUGAACAAACGAAGUAUCCUCAGCCAUUUCCCUUUUCUCUCUAUAAUUUGUUGGAGCAAAGUCUACCUCUUUACAACAUGCUUCGGCGUCAUGUAAAGAAGAAGUUAUCCCUUUUGAGCUCUCCUUUACCUUCUCCCAACCUUCCAGUUCCUGCAAAUGAGAAAUUGCUUGCUUGGGUCGGUGAUGAGAUUGUGACACGUGAGAGUGCUAAGGUUUCGGUGUUUGAUUCAGUUGUCCAAGGUGGCGACUCAGUUUGGGAGGGUCUUAGAGUGUAUAAAAGCAAGAUAUUUAAACUUGAGGAACAUCUAGACAGGAUGGCUGAUUCAGCUAAAGCUCUGGCUUUUGAAAAUAUCCCAUCUCGAGAUGAGAUUAAGGAAGCUAUUUUCAAAACCCUAGUUAGGAAUGGGAUGUUUGACAAUGCCCACAUCCGACUUUCUCUAACACGAGGAAAGAAGGUUACUUCUGGGAUGAGCCCGGCAUUUAAUCUGUAUGGAUGCACAUUAAUUGUACUUGCUGAAUGGAAGCCCCCUGUUUAUGAUAAUGAGCAGGGUAUAGUUCUUGUAACUGCCACCACCCGCCGUAACUCACCAAAUAAUUUGGAUUCAAAGAUACAUCACAACAAUCUUUUGAAUAACAUACUUGCGAAGGUUGAAGGGAAUAAUGCAAACGCCGACGAUGCAAUCAUGCUUGACAAAGAUGGUUUUGUAUCUGAAACCAACGCUACAAACAUUUUCAUAGUUAAGAAAGGCCGUGUUUUGACACCACACGCUGAUUACUGUCUUCCUGGAAUUACUCGAGCCACUGUUAUGGAUCUUGUCGUGAAGGAGCAGUUUAUUUUGGAAGAGCGGAGAAUCAGCCUGUCCGAAGUGCAUACCGCAGACGAGGUAUGGACAACAGGAACAAUGGGAGAACUAAGUCCAGUUGUGAAGGUUGACGGACGCACAAUUGGUAAUGGAAAAGUAGGGCCAAUAACUAGAAAACUGCAAGCUGUUUAUAAGAAGUUGACUGAAGACUCCGGCGUGCCAAUAGAGAACUACCUCUAGACUUGAAAUUUGGAACUUGGAAGUAAUUGAAAACGGCUGGUGUGCAACUGCUACCAAUCUUAGCCUAGCUCUUCAAAUUUUCAAUCGAGAAUAAGAAUGCAUUUGUUACUUCAUUUACUCCAAUCUUAGCCUAGAUUAGAUUAUUAGUUUAUAAAUGAGUUUAUAAAUAAGAAUGCAGUUUACUCCAAAUUUUCUACCUUCUAUGUAUUUUUUUUAUUUAUAACUAGUGACCACCGUGUCCGUCUGUGUAAUCCAAUUUUUUUUUACUAUGCUAAGUUGUGUGAAAGUUUAUAUUCUAGAUUUUUUAUAUAUCUCUUUUUAAUAAAUUUUGUUGAAGAAA